AAGGGUGAAAUUUUCUUUGUUCAUUUGUUUUUUCCUCCCCUUUAAGUCCAAGAGAAAUGCAGUGUGGAGGAUUACGUCAUCUCAAUAUAAGGGGUCAUCAUCGAAUUUGAAAUAUUUAAAGUGGAUACAAAACUGUUUCAGCAAUGCAGACAAUUAAGUGUGUUGUUGUGGGCGAUGGUGCCGUUGGUAAAACAUGUCUUCUGAUAUCCUACACAACAAACAAAUUUCCAUCUGAGUAUGUACCGACUGUUUUUGACAACUAUGCAGUCACAGUUAUGAUUGGUGGAGAGCCAUAUACUCUUGGACUUUUUGAUACUGCAGGGCAAGAGGAUUAUGACAGAUUACGACCGCUGAGUUAUCCACAAACAGAUGUAUUUCUAGUCUGUUUUUCAGUGGUCUCUCCAUCCUCAUUUGAAAAUGUGAAGGAAAAGUGGGUGCCUGAAAUAACUCACCAUUGUCCAAAGACUCCUUUCUUGCUUGUUGGGACCCAAAUUGAUCUCCGAGAUGACCCCUCUACGAUUGAGAAACUUGCCAAGAACAAACAGAAGCCUAUCACUCCAGAGACUGCUGAAAAGCUGGCCCGUGACCUGAAGGCUGUCAAGUAUGUGGAGUGUUCUGCACUCACACAGAAAGGCCUAAAGAAUGUAUUUGACGAAGCAAUACUGGCUGCCCUGGAGCCUCCCGAACCGAAGAAGAGCCGCAGGUGUGUGCUGCUAUGAACAUCUCUCCAGAGCCCUUUCCGCACAGCUGGUGUCAGCAUCGUACUAAAAGCAAUGUUAAAUCAAACUAAAGAUUAAAGAUUAAAAUUCGUUUUUGCAA